AUGCGCUUGUUCCUCAUCCCGCUCACCCCUCGACGGGCAUUCGUUUACGGUCAUCACGUAGCACAAGAAGUCACCAAGAAGCGGUCUCUUCUCGAUCGGGCGAUUACGAAGUCAAGUGACAUUUGGUUGAGGUGGGAGAAAUAUGAGAAGGGGUGGCAGAAACAGCUCACAGUUCAUGGGAAUCGGUUACUCCGACGGAUACCGUACCAAGAAUGGUCACUUAAAUCAAUAUCAGCCCUGCCUCGAAAUAUUCCCGACAAUGAACGUCAGAAGAUUCCGGUCGUUUAUCCUCCCUCGGUGAUGACACCGGGCGAGAUACCAAGGCUGCUACAUAAACUAGGAACGGAAAACUCCGGAAUGCACAGACGACUCUUGAUGUGGUGCUUGAUUGGAAUGCCAAUAUCUGCGCCAUUCGCAUUAGUGCCGAUAAUACCGAAUAUCCCGUUUUUUUAUCUUGUAUUUAGGGCAUAUUCGCACUGGAGAGCUUUACAAGGAGGCCGACAUCUAGAAUUUCUCGUCAAAAAUAACCUUCUAGAUCCUCAACCUGACACACAACUCGACAGGAUUUACAAAACCAAAAUAGAAAGAGUAGUUGAGGAUGUCAAUAUUGAUAAAGAAACCAUCCAACAAGCUGCAGAAGCAGGUGUAAUGGAUGAAGCGGCGGAGGAGCAUCUACAGGAAGAGUUUGAAUUGAUAGGAGAACCCACUGCGAAAGAGGUUGCCGAGGUUCUCAAAAUACCGCAACUUGUUGUUGAACUCGAAAGGGCGUGCGAACAAGUCCACGAGCAAGUGGAGGAAAAACGGAAGGGGGUGAAGAAGGAGCUGUAA